UGUUGGAGCUGGCGGAGGCCACAGGGGGAGUUCUGCAGGGUCAAAAAUACAAACUCUACACAGCUGCGCAACACUUUCUCUUCACCAAAUCUUCAGUCCACUCUGGUCGCUGUAAAGAUGACCACGGCCGUGGUGUCGCCUUUCUUCGACUUCGAAGUCAUGAACAAGAACAACAAAUUGCUCAGCUACAACAACAACCUUGGAGUCCCCCAUCCCAUGUCUGUCCCUUGCACUGGCACUAACAUGCCCAUCUCCAGCCCUGCCGGAGCCCUGCUGGACAGGAAGGCGGUUGGGUCUCCCUCGGUGGGAGGUGUGUACCAGCGGCGGCACUCUGUCAGCAGCACAAAGUUCAGCCAGAACCAGUUUCUGAACACUCUGAAGGCAGCAGACCACUCCUCAAUCAUCUCAGGGGUUGGCAAUGCCAGCAGCAACAAGGAGAACCGCCUGCGAGACCGCUCUUUCUCCGAGACGGGCGAGAGGCUCUUAAAUAAAUGCCUGGGUCCUGCCAGUCCCACUGGCGGCAGCAGCCAAGUGAACUCCAGCCGUUACAAGACGGAGCUUUGCAGGCCCUUUGAGGAGAACGGCGCCUGCAAGUAUGGUGACAAAUGCCAGUUUGCUCAUGGAAUCCAUGAGCUACGCAGCCUGAGCCGCCAUCCCAAAUACAAAACUGAGCUGUGCCGCACCUUCCACACCAUUGGUUUCUGCCCGUAUGGGCCUCGUUGCCAUUUCAUUCACAAUGCAGAGGAGCGCCGUGGACCUCCUCAGCAGUCCUCCCCUCUAAACCCUUCCAACAAGAUGGAGAGACCACGACUGCAGCACAGCUAUAGCUUUGCAGGCUUCUCAAGCUCAGGUGGGCUGAGAGACAGCCCCACCUCCGUCACCCCUCCACCCAUGUUUUUCUCUGAUGAGGUCCCUGACUGGCCCAGCAGUAACCCCUUCACCUAUUCCAGCCAGGAGCUGGCCAACCUGUUUGGGCCCAGCCUCAGUGCCGGUCCUGUAGGCACAGAGCCCAACACCCCUGCACCUCCCUCUCCAACAAGCACGUCUUACUAUUUCAGACCCAUGUUGGAGUCCCCUCACAUGUUCGAGGCGCCAUCUAGUCCCCCGGACUCUUUGUCAGACCAGGAAGGCUACCAGAGCAGCUCUGGAAGCAGCCUGAGUGGUUCAGAGUCCCCCAUACUGGACACCACUCACCGCCUUCCCAUCUUCAGCCGCCUCUCAAUCUCUGAUGACUAGACUUUAAGCACCCACCAGUGACUUUACGUUUAGUGACACAAAGAACACAGCACUCCCCUCUACCUCUCUUCCCCCCUCUCAAGACACCAUGUUAGUUUCCUGCUUAGCUUCAUAAGGACUGUUUUGAACUUGAAUCAAUUUACAACUUCAUCCCUGGUAAUACUCACCGCAAGUUUUAAGACAGAGCCCACCAUGUGUCAUAGUGCCAAAAAAGGAGAGGAGAUUGAACAAUGAGAAUCAUGCGAACAAGAGUUGGCUGUCGUGCCAGGUGCCACUUGUUUUUUGUUUUUCUGUCUUCAUUUGUACCUGAAUGUGUAGCAUCACAAGUGGCCUUGGAAUGGGAGUGCAUUGCACUAGCCCCCAACCCCUCCCCAACGAUACCACUUCCCCCUGAGCUAGCUAGAGGGUGCUCACUAAUGUCACCAGAUCGCCGCAGCCGUUUUUACAGACUGACUUGAGAUUAAAAAGGAGGAAAAAAAAAAAAAAACCCUGAAAUGAUAUGAAUAGUUUUUUUAAAAGAAAAAGUGCCUGGGGCGGUUUCUGCAUGUGUUUAGAGUGAAUGGACUACUGUUUGUUCCUUUAGUUCUUUCUCAUUUACCCCUCCCCACCCUCACGGUUCUUCUCAAGCCCUGUCUUAUGUAAUUGUGGAGUGGGUGAGUCUGCGGGAAGGACUUUGAACUGGAAGUUGGUUAUGUUCCCCACCAGAGUUUUAUCCUCAUGUUGCUGGUUACUGGCUCUCGGGAAGGAAGUCUUGAUAUCAAACUGAUCAUUACAUCUUUAAGACUUUGCCCCACCUGUCAACCCCGCCCCCAUCUGCGCUGCUCUGCAAGCAAGCGGGGAAUUCCAGCAUUCCUCCUGCCGCUCGAUGGGAUCGGCUCGCCAAGCUAUUUUACUUUACGUUUUUCCACCUGUAGAACCUGCUCCCAGGAGCAGUCUGUACUCAUUGCAUCCUUUUUUUUUUUUGCUUUCUUAUUUGAUAAUUAUUUUUUAUUAAUGUUAUUACGGUUAUUGUUGUUUGAAAACUUUCCAGACAGAAGGUUUCCUUGUCACUGCUUAUUUAACUUAUCAGAACAUAUUUAUUGGUGAUCAUAUGCAUUUUUUUGUUAAUUUUGUUUUAUAUUUAUCUGGAUAAUGAACAAUAGAAUAUAUUUUCUUUUAUGUUAAAUUAUGAUCUUCCAUAUUAAUCUAAAGAUUGUGAAGACGUUUUUGUCAGUUUUUUCCUUUUUUUUCACAGUUUAAUAUAUUCUUCAAUGACUUGUUCUGCAACUACACCUUGUCAAAAUGAAACUUAAUUUAAAACAAAGAAAAAUGCAAAAAAGAUGUUUUGCGUUUUGAUUAUUUAUUGUACUUCUUUUACUCCCUCAUAUCGGACUGCAAUUCCAUUUAAUUAGAUUUGCUUGUAUUCAUUCCUGAUAGUUUGCCCAUUUUGUAAAUAAUCUGACAGCAACAGUACCUAACUGUUGUUACAUUGAUUCAGCGUAUAUGUUCGUUUUUUGAUUUUUAGCUCGUCCUGACUCUAAAGAGAAGUAUUCUUUUUUCUUUUUUUUUUCUUUCAGUACUCUGGUUGAUGGCAGGCCUUCGAUGACAUCUCUGGUUUAAUAGAAUCCCAGUUAAGAGGAUGGGCUUUUGUUUAUUUUUUGGCAUGCCAGUAAUGCUCUUUUACCCAGUAUGUUAUUACAAGCAAUAGCUGUGACCAAAUGGGUUGAGGAAAGGUUUCUGUUCUUUUAAUUUGAUUGGAUGCUUGAUGCACUUGCGUGGCCCCUCUUGACCAUUAGAAGUGCCUCACUGAAUACAUUCCAGGUAGCUAAAGGCUCUGACUUUUAUAUUUGAUAAUGAAAGACAGUGGAGUCACUUGUUCUAUGUUGCCUUCACCAGUUGAAAGAGGUGAACAGAUUUGACAAAGAAAGUAAAACUGUUGAAUGUAAUUUUCUUUUUUCAGCCAUGUUCUUUUUCACUACAGUAAUUUCUGUGAGUUUAUAUUAAAAUAAUAAAAAAAAGUUUUCUCUUUUGUAAGUAUUGAUUGCAGUUAAGUCAAUAAACCCCGUAUUUUUGGAAACGUUAA